CACCAUCCGGUCAGCUGAUUGCUCAUUAUUUUGGAGGAACCCGCAUAGCUCUGCUGACACUUGUCUCUGGGCAGCACCAAGUCAACAGCAGUGGGAGUAAUCCUAUUUCAACCGUUGGGCGAAAAUGGAUGAUUUGUUUUAUGAUUAUUCCAGCAACUACAGCUAUGAGGAAAGCCUCAUGCCACAUGAAGAACCUGUUUUUCAACACAAAUCCACAUGUACUGGCGAUGUCCUUUGUGUGUCUCUGCUCGUGAUCACCUCACUCAUUUUUGUGCUGGGCUUCUGUGGAAAUGCUGUGGUCAUCUGGAUCUCUGGCUUCAAGAUGAAGAAGACAGUCAACACAACAUGGUACCUGAGCCUGGCCAUCUCCGACUUUGUCUUCUGUACUUUUCUGCCCUUCAUCAUCACCAACAUGGCCAUGGAGAGGUGGAUCUUCGGACUCUUCCUGUGCAAGUUUGCCUCGUCUGUGUUGUUUCUCAACAUGUUCAGCAGCAUAUUCCUCCUGGUCAUCAUCAGUGCCGACCGCUGCGUGUCUGUCGUAUUUCCCGUCUGGGCUCAGAAUCACCGCACGGUGCGAAAGGCAUCUGUUGUUGUGAUCCUGGCAUGGGUUCUCGCCAUAGCGCUGAGCCUUCCCUCCGCGGUCUUCCGUGACGUUCAGAAUCAAAUGGGUCGAAGCAUUUGCUACAACAACUACACAUUACAUCAGCACAGUCACAGGAUAAUCGUAGGCAGCCGCUUCCUGGUGGGCUUUGUUGUGCCUUUUGCUAUCAUCAGUAUCUGCUACUUGGUGAUCAUUUUCAAACUUCGCACCAACAGAAUGACUAAAUCCUCUAAACCCUUCAAAGUCAUGACAGCGCUCAUUGUGACUUUCUUCGUCUGUUGGCUGCCCUACCACGUGUUUAUCCUUCUCGAGCUAAACCACCAAAGCUACAACCAUAGCCUUUUAACUGCUGGACUACAAGCGGGAACAUGCCUUGCAGCAGCCAACAGUUUCCUCAACCCGGUGCUCUAUGUGUUCAUGGGCAAUGACUUCCAGCAGAGGUUUAAGACUUCCUUGCUUUCAAAGAUGGAGAAUGCCAUGGGAGACGAAGGCCGCACCACCAGCCGGUAUUUGUCCAGGUCCAGCUCUGUAGAUGUAGGCAGGGCGUCGACACACAUCUAAAAGUCUCUGAACCGAAAUGAAGGUAAUUUGCACAGCAACACUAUAUGACCAGUAAGCUGCAGGCAAUUUCAUCUUAAACGCGUGCGCAGGCUUGGAUCCUGAUGUAAACUUCAUGCUGUAUUUCAUCGGGGGAUGACCUCAGCAAAGGCCUCCACACUUCAGGCGUGUGACAAAUAAAUAAUGAAAAUGCAAAUUACUCGCAUAUUUCACAUCCAAAACAAUUCACACUGGCGGCAAUGGCAUUCAUGAGCGUCUGAGCACAUAUUCCCCGUAGUUGGGAGAGCCAAUAAAAAAUUCAUCAUUCCUGAAAAGAAAAAAAAUAUGUCAUGUUCAUGUUCAGUGUGAAAGUGUCAAAAAAAACAAAUGUAUUAGUUAAUCACACGAAGGCCAGCAUCUAAAUUACAGAGGAAGAGACAAUGUAUAUAAAAGGGAUUUUUAACAAAUAAUACUGUAUAUAUUUUCUGAUUGUAAACAUUUAACCACUGCGUUUAACAAUGUACUGUGUAUCCUCCCUUGUGAAAUACACACAAAAAAUGGGGUUCUUUUAUUAAAAAAAAUAUACCACAUAUAUAUAUACAGUAUAUAUGUGUGUGUGUGUGUGUGUGUGCGCUCAUUUACCAUGUUCAUUUGUGACCACUGACCCACAAAGAUAAACACAUUACUAUGCAAUUUGAGAUCAUUUCAGCUUAAAAGCAAGUCUUUGCUGAAGGGAAGAGAAACAAAAAAUGAUUACUGUUUUCUCCAUUUUCAAAUCUAAACUGAACCUCCAGCCGCCCUAACAUCGAUCUGUAAUUGUGUUUGCUUGGCAGUGUUUAUUUACUGGUUAGUGGUUAAAUGUGAUGGAUAAAUGGGUGGAUAUAUUUUCGGAGACAGGGUGCACUUAGUUGUCACAUGAAGGCCUCGCUUAAUGACAAUGGGAAAUGAACAUCUUCAUUCAGUCCACUGCUCUACACGCUAUAAUUGCUUUUGGACAGGAGAUUAUUAUAUGAUGAAUAGAUCCCUUUGAACAAUACCGUUCAUCCAUCACGCUGCAGUUGAAAUACAACACGUCCAGCUGUUCUAGCCAGUCAGAAAACAGCUUGUUGAAUGGACCCAUGCCUUUUGUCAUUUUCACAAGUGAAAGCUGUACAUUAUCAUCCACGCAUGUAAUUAUUUAAUUUGAUUUGACCUUUUUAAGUCUCCAUUUUC